UCGAUUCGCCUUGCCUGUUACAAUUCGAUUAACAGAACUAGCAGCCUUUGACCUAAAGUAGUACUGCUGUGGUCUUAUUUGUCCAAUAUACACAUUUAGGAGAUCUAGUGACUAUGUCGCGUGUUUUACUAUUAUUCCUGGAACAUAUGCACGUCAGAUGUAAAGGCUGUCCUGGAAGAUUUCGCUCUUAUCCUUUGUUGACAACCCGAACAAACUACUCUAGCAAGCUGGUUAAAGGCGUUCUUUACCAACAACAGACGAGAGCAUACGUGGAACUUAAACGACCGAGUUUAUACAAGACGUUUGCUAAAAUAAGGUCGAAGUUUUGGAUUUUAGGUUUAGGGGCCGGGUUUGUUUUAGCCUUUGGGUUAAAACACCAAGCAUAUAACAGCGAACCUUGCAAUGCCGAGACAGCCAACGAGCCUCAAACAGAUUUGAAAUAUGCUGAAGCCAUAGAAAUUAGUAGAGAUCUGGUUCGACGGAUAAAGGUACAGGAUGAGGUGGGAGCGCCAGGCAUGGUGAUUGGUGUGUCCGUGGAUGGCGCUCGGGUUUGGACUGAAGGAAUGGGUUAUGCUGAUUUGGAGAACCGAGUGCUUUGCAGUCCGGACACGGUGAUGCGUAUCGCCAGCAUCAGUAAGCCACUCACAGCCGCUGCUGCCGCCCGCCUGUGGGAGGAGGGCAUGCUGGACCUCGAUGCCCCUGUCCAGAAAUACGUGCCUGAAUUCCCUGAGAAAACAUUUGAGGGAGAAGCCGUCACCAUAACGCCACGGCUGAUUCUGUCUCACCUGAGUGGUAUUCGUCACUACGAGAAGGAUGCCAAGAAGGUGAGGAAGGACAAGGAGAAAGCCAAAGGCCGCAUAAAGACGCAUGAAAAGAAUGACAAGGAGGGAAAAAAUAGUGCUGAGAGCAAAGAGAAACCCAGAGCUGAGGAUGAUCGCACCAACAAGACCAAAGAGGACAACAAAAAGAAAGAGUUUGAACAGGAAGAGUACUACCUUAAAGACCACUUCGAAAAUGUCAUCCAGGCUUUAGACCUUUUCAAGAAUGACCCACUUAUUUACAAACCAGGAACCACCUUCCUGUACUCCACCCAUGCCUUCAGCCUGCUGAGUGCCGUGGUGGAGAGGGCAGCUGGCCAGAGCUUCCUCGAUCACAUGGCCAAGAUGUUCCGUGAACUGGGCAUGCUCAAUACCAUCCCCGAUGAGAACGAUCCCAUCGUCUAUCGCCGCUCCAGGUACUACCACCUCAAUAAGAAAGGCCGCGUGGUGAAUUGCCCGUAUGUGGACAACUCCUACAAGUGGGCUGGAGGUGGUUUCCUCUCCACCGCGGAGGAUCUGCUUCUCUUUGGGAACGCCCUUCUCUACAGCUUCCAGCUGGCCAGCCUCAAGGGCCCCAGUGGCGUCUUACCUGGCUUCCUCAAGCCCCAGACGGCCCUGGCCAUUUGGGCCCCAGUGGACAAGACCGAGGCCUCCUGGGACAAAGACGGUCUUUAUGCGCAGGGCUGGCUGGUGGUGGAGAAGCUGCAGAAAUACGGCCAUUGCCGGAGCCGCAGGCACUAUGUCUCACACACAGGGGGCGCUGUGGGCGCCAGUAGCGUUCUGCUGGUGCUGCCCAGUGAGUCUAGUGGCAAGGCAGUCACAGGGCCCCGGGAACAGGGCAGGACUCUUCCUCAGGGAGUGGUGGUCACCAUCAUUACCAACAUGCAGUCUGUGGGACUAAACAGCACAGCAUUGAAAAUUGCCCUUGAGUUUGAUAAAGCCCGAAGCAAGUGAGGUGGGGUUGUGUGUGUGUGUGUGUGCGUGUGCGUGUGCGUGUGCGUGUGCGUGUGCGUGUGCUUGUGCCAGGUUCCCUAAAACACUUUCAAUCUGAUUCAGCACACUGUAUUUUUUAAAUUUAUAUUUUGUAUAUUUUAGAUUAUUUUGUACGUUGACUAGUCUGUUCAGGCAAUUAAAGAGUGACUGGUAGCUGUUAUCCUGGAAGUUGUAAUCUCUGAAUGCUAUGUAUGUGUCAUUCCUCUAAAGUAUUAAAGUAUCAAAUCUAUGAUGACAUAUCCAUGCAUUACAAGUACAUUGUGCACAUAAUUGAUCGAGGAAUGCAGUCAAUCAAGACCAAUAUGCUUACUGGAGGAAAGAAUGUUUCCAACUCUUUUCAAGAUACUACCACUAGGUGGUAGCAGUAUUUCAUAUCAGUAAAUGUUAUCCUUGCCAACCAGUAACAGUAUUUCAUAUCAUUAAUAAUUCUUGCCAACCAGUCUGCACUUUAUAAAGCAACUCAUCAAGUUUCACAAGUAUCACAAUGACAUUUGCUUUUGUAAUAACAAUAAUAAUAAUAAUGUAUGGUUGCAGUAUUUUAACAAAUGAAAAUACACCUCUCAUACAAUAGCCACAAAUCUGAUCAUAACAACAAAAAAGGUGUAUGUUAAAUGAUUCAUUACAUAGUAAAAGCAUAGUGACUAGCAGAACUGUCCAGUGUAGUCCAAUUGUAUGUAUUUAUAUUGUUUCAUGUCCAAAGGGCAUGUUCUUAAGAUGCUUUACAAAGCCUGAGGCAUUGACUCCCUAGAGUGAGCACACGGCAAGAGUGGCCAGCAGCACAAACCUUUGAGCAGGACCCAGCUCAGAAGGGGGGCUCAUCUGUCUGAGGCUGUCCUGCCAGAGAGGUAGAGAGCAUGUUUCGUGUUUCUUUUUGAAAAUAUAACAUAUAAAUGCCUCUUUGGUUAUUAGGUGGGAUUCCAAUGGCUGUAGUAACUGAAAGCUGACUCCCCAUACCACACCGCAAAGAUAAUCAUAUCCUUAUCUUUUUUUUUAAAGUCAGUAACUCAGAAGAUAUUACAUAGUGGAAAAUGAUGAAGACACUAUCUUACUAUUUAUGGGGGAAGGGCUAGCUAAGUGCACAAGUGUUAUUGUCAGUUAUGUCAGCACAUAUUGAAAUCAGUGAAGUGAGUUCUCUCCAUAUUCUCACUGCCCUGGCAGAUGCUCUCUUCAUGGUGCAGUAGCACAACCGAAGAGCACACUGGGACGUCCCCGGGAUGAGGGCAUAAGAUGAUAUGCUUCUGUUGUGGCUUUUACGGUACAAACACACAACCUUUUAAUACAAGAUCCUUAAAAGGGUUUAGGAAUUUUGUGAAAUACAUGUCAAACUCAUGCAAUGUUACCAAAUAAUUCUAUUUCUUUAAAAAGUAGUAUCUGUCAACACUGAACAGAUUCUUUCCUAUGCAAUAUCUACCACCCAUACUGUGACAUGACUCCUAAUAAACAUUGUUUCAAAUAAAUCACCAUCUACAAA